GGAAUGGCCACGUAAAUUUGACCGGACAAAUUUUAGCCGAAAAAGUGUGAUUUCCAGUGGCAAUUUACUUGGGAUUUUACAGAAUUCCUAUUCGUAAGUUAUGAACAUCUUCGGAUAAAGUUUUUGACAAUUUUGAAUAUUGAAAAGACGUUUAUUUGUGAAAAUGUCAACAAACCAACAACAACAAAGGGUCACUAAAAAAUCCGAACAGUGUUCACUGAGUUCAUCGAGCCAGGUAAACAAAGAUGUAAACAAAAGUAUUCAGGAGUUACAGACUUCGAUAAACAAUUUAAAGCACAAACUCUUUAGGUAUGAAUCUUUGGUUGACGAUGUUACCAAAAUAAAAUCUAUAAUCGAAGAUGAGGAUUCUGGGGUAGUCAAAUCACUGAAAUAUGUGUCUGAACAAUCGGAAUGCAAUUACGAUGAGAUUCACUCUAUUCGUUCUGAAAAUGCGCAACUUCGAGGUGAAGUCGAUUUAUUACGUGCGAUGAUUAUCAAGAUGGAUCGAAAGAUGGGUCACCUCGAACAUGAAGUAACAGAUUUACGUUCUCGUUCAAUGCGAGAUAACAUUUUGAUUCAUAAUUUUGCUUACACCCCCGGCGAGAACUUAUCAGAAAGCAUUCCUCAGUUAAUUCAUGAAGUUUUAGGGGUGCAUGUCUCGUUUGUUCGUAUUCACAGGAACAGUGUAAAGGGCAUGAUGAACUCCAGACCAGUGUCAAUAACCGCAAAAUUGGUAGACAGAAGCAAGAAAGACGAGAUUCUGCAAGCACAGAAAGCUAAGAAACUACAAAGGGUUAAAUUACCAUUCUUUAUAACAUCCCAAGACCCACCUGUAGUGCUUGAAGAGCGCAAAAGGUUAUAUACCAUCUCAGAUUCUCUCCGGGAGCAAAAAAUUAAGUCAAAGGUGGAACGAGGGCGGUUGAUCCUACCCAAUGGGGAAUAUUACCGAGAUCCUGUUCCAAAGAUUGAGACGGCGGAUGCCUUGCAGCUAACACCAGACGCGAUUGAUGCCCUACAACUACCCACACAUUCAACGCAGCCUACUAAACUUAAGGGUUCCGAAAUUUUGGCAACGGGUGUAAAAGUUAGCUCGGUGGAAGAGGUCCAGGACCUGUACAGAAAGGUGUGUGUUGAUCCAUAUUCUGCGGCGGCGGAUCACCGUAUUCUGGUCUAUAGGUUUGUGGAUUCUGCGGGGAAAACUCAUGAAAGUUUCUGGGAUGACGGGGAGCACGGUGCCGGCCGACGCCUUCUACAAUACAUGAAAACAAAUCAAAUAAACAACGUGGGUGUGGUCAUUACGCGCUGGAGUGGCCCCAGACACCUUGGUCCGGACCGCUGGCGAAUCAUGGAGGAACACUUGUGUGAGGUAGCCAAUACUCUGGAUGGGUGAACUUGUUAUUUCAUAUGGUUUAAAUACAACCCAACCAAUACAAUGACAAGGAAUAACUAUUACAUAUAUGUAAUUUGUAAAUAUCGUUAAAUUUAAGAGUUUUUUCAUUGUUUCCUUAAACUCCUUUUUUCAUUUAUUUAUUUAUAUAUUUAUUAAUUAAUUUUUUUAUUUAUUUAUUUAUUUUCAUAAUUAUUUAUUUUUUUCAUCUACCUUAGUAUUAUUUAUUAAUUUAUUUUCUUUUUUAUUUAUCUUUUUAUGCUACCUUUAGUACGCCGGAAAUAUUUUGUCUAUUGUCGUCAACUUUCAUUUUAUAUUUCCCUUC